CGGAAGCUGUGUUGUUUACAUUUCUAAGAUGGCGGCGGGGAUGUAUUUGGAGCAUUAUUUGGACAGUAUCGAAAAUCUGCCAUUCGAGUUGCAGAGAAACUUCAAUUUAAUGCGGGAUUUAGAUCAACGCACAGAGGAUCUAAAAGGACAAAUAGAUUCUCUGGCCAAAGAGUACACAACAAAUGCUCGAACGCUGUCCUCGGAGCAAAAACUGUCAAUUCUGAGGCAGAUCCAGCAGUCUUACAGUAAAUGCAAAGAGUUUGGAGAUGAUAAGGUUCAACUGGCCAUGCAGACCUAUGAGAUGGUUGACAAACACAUUCGACGUCUUGAUACAGAUUUGGCUCGGUUUGAGGCUGACCUGAAGGAAAAGCAGAUUGAGAGCACAGAUUAUGACUCUGCCUCCAGUAAGGGGAAAAAAGGCGACUCCAGACAGAAGGAAAAGAAGACUGCUAAAACGAGGUCUAAAGUGAAGAGUUCAGAUGAAGAUGGCAGUCCCAAGAGUGCGCAGAAGAAAGUCAAACUCCUUCAGCCAGGAGAAUUCAACAGCCCUUCUUCCAACUUUGGGAAUGUGCACCCGUCUGAUGUGCUGGACAUGCCAGUGGACCCCAAUGAACCUACAUACUGUCUGUGCCAUCAGGUCUCUUAUGGCGAGAUGAUUGGCUGUGACAACACUGAUUGCUCCAUUGAGUGGUUCCAUUUUGCCUGUGUGGGCCUGACAACCAAACCAAGAGGCAAAUGGUAUUGUCCACGGUGCUCUCAAGACAGAAAGAGAAAAUAAAACCACCUGGUUGACCUGGAAGAAGAUGUGGACUCUGCUCAGAUGGAGAAGGAGAAUAAUAUCUCUUCAUUAGUUACUAGAAUUUUGUUCUCAUCCUCCUUAACAUUUGGUGCUUUUUUUUCUUUUGGUUUACAUAAUUUGCCUUGGUUUGAUGCAGCGUGAGUGUGUGAAGGAGCAAAGAGGUUACAAAUGUAUUUAAACAUUGAUUUUGACUCUUUUUUUUUUUUACUGUUAACAAUAUUUUAGUUCUCUUUGGUGCUCUUGUGACAUUUUUUAUAACUGCAAAGUAAACACUACAAAUGCCCUAAAUGGUUAAACGGUUCAAAGGUGACAUGACACAACAUACAGAUACACAACUAAAAUAUGGCCAUGGAAGACUUUUUGCUUUGUUGUAUUGUAGGGCUUUUUAUUUUAUUUUGUGAGUCUCUGAACACUAGUUAAAUGAUUUAAGUACAACAUGAGGGCAAAAAAUAAAUGAAAAUGCUGCAUACUGACAGUAUUAGUCAACUGUGGUAGUGAGUUUAAUACCAUUUCAUUUUAACAUUUGAUUGAGUGCUAUGUAGAAAGAUAUCCAGUGAAAAGUAUUGUCAUAUCUGUAGCUGAAACAUUGGUACGGGGGAGAAGGGGUGCUUGUGUUGUCAAUCAUUUGAAUACAGCUACUACCUCAAAAAUCUUG